GGUCGUCAGCACGUCGUGCCUGACGUCCGUCCCAGGAGUCGUUCCGACGGUCGUUCGCGCUGCCUAUCCCUCCUUCCCAAGGGCUCGUCCGGGACAGGCAGCCUUAAAUCAGUGUUGUCGCAGCUGGUGCAACAGUUUUCACAGAUGGCAACGUCCCUCUGAAACUGUCAACAUCUCUGCACAGCUGUCAACGUCCCUGCACAGCUGUCGACAUUCCUACAAAGCUGUCGACAUCCCUGCACACCUUGCGAAGUCCCUGCACAGCUUGCGACGUUCCUGCGUAGCUGUCAACGUCCCUGCAAGCUGUUGACGUCCCUGCACAUCUGUUUACAUCCUUGCACAGCUGUUGACGUCCCUGCACAGCUGUUGACGUCCCUGCACAGCUGUUGACGUCCCUGCACAGGUGUCGACACCCCUGCACAGCUGACGACGUCCCUGCACAACUGUCGACGUCCCUGAGCAGCCGACUACGUCCCUACACAGCUGUUGACGUCUCUGCACACCUGUCGACAUCCUCUCCACAACUCAAUAAGUCUCUUAGACACUCAAGUCACACAUCAACGUUGAUAACAACGCAUCAAAAUAUUCUGAAAGGCUCUAAAUACCUUUAGGUUCGUCCACCACCUCGCGAUUACUGGAACAGUGAAUGAAACACAAGUCAAAAGCCGCUCUCCAGGACCUCAGGAAUUGCCUUGAGCAUCCUCAACCUGUUGGAUUCAUCCGGCUCUUUUCCCCUCGACCGGAUCCUGGAGUCUGUUCAUCUCUCGCUCAUCCGGUCCCCCCAUUCCCCUGGAUCUGGUCUCAGAAGUCUGCUGGUCCAACUCUCAUUUUGCGCUAGACCGGAGAGUUAGUGUCUGCUACUUUCUCGCUCGUUCGGUCCUUCCUGUCUGCUGGUUUCGUGAUCAUUCCAGCAGACCGUCAACAAUGAAGGAACUGGAGUGUGUGUAAGGGUGAAGCCAAGACCCAUAUAAAAGGGAACCUAUAGUUAAAUCUAACAAGUCUUGUGUUAUUAGCAAGUGCUGUAUCCGCUUCUCUAGAAAACACACCAGACACACACACACGCGGGUGCACACAUACACACGAACCUACGCGAUAGCAUACGCACGGGAGGACGCACGCGCAAGCAUACAUGAUGCGUGCAGACGUAUGGGUGUCCACAUACCCCUAUGCAAAUCAACAUAAUCGCGUGUCUCUGCAAGUAUAGAGAUGAAUACGAAUCACCUGUCGAUCUCACUGUAAAUAUUCCAACUUGAUUCGGCCCUCAAGAGAUCUUCCGAGGGCUCCAAAUUUGACAGGAAAUCCAUACAGUGUGUCGUGGUGAAUCACGUAUCUAUUACAUACUCAAAGCUUUCUGUUGGAAAGCACGAGAGAGGGCUCACAUCCCAUUCUGGUUGCCUGGUGCGUGUGUGUGUGUGUGUGUGUGUGUGUGUGUGUGUGUGUGUGUGUGUGUGUGAGUGUGAGUGAGUGUGAGGAACACCCACAAGGGGACAACACAAAGAAAGUGUGUGUAUGUGUGCUUGUGUGUGCGUGUGUAUGCGCGGGUGGCUGCGUGUGUUAGUGCCUGGCACCAGUGGCAAUACCUGACUCAACAAGUGGCACCUUACUGUGGUGUGCCACACUACGCGCCGCGCCUCAGUUGCUAUACUAGCCGCCCGCCAUAACACGCCACUAGACAGCCUCCUUUGUGUCACAACAUUUCGCACCCUUGGGAGACGAAACGUCGUCUUGUGCUGUGUUUCCUGCCGAGUAACACCAUUUGUGUCAGUGUUUUGGAUUGUGUUUUAAUACGCUAAACACAGUUCAACACCCCGACUCCUCCCAUCCUGUGUUGACAUACCACCGGGGCGUCGAGGAACCUUCCCUAGGGGUUGAUGAAGCACCCCUGAGGUGCUACUGGGGUAGUGAAGUGCCCCCUACUCCCCUUCAUCUCCUCCCCCUUCGCCCCAACCAUCAUGACGUCGGAGAAAGACGCUUUUCAACAGGUUGAGGUAAAGCCCGUGAGGUCGUCCGCACACCACGGAGGAGCAGCUUCCAGCCUGGCAUCGGAGCUGGCACGAUGUCUGACGGAACUAGUGGCUUCCACUCCCAACCAGAGGAACUGGAGAGGCAUCCUCAUCGCCCUCCUCGUCAUUGGUUGCGUCUGCGGCCUCAUAAUCUUCUCCGUGGUGCUCCUGACGCCUCCUGACGCCGGUCCUAAAGUCACCGGCAGGAGGUUCACUCUCACCGAUGUUCUUGGCGGGGCGUUCAAACCUCCGGGGUUCGACGGAAAGUGGAUAUCAGGAACGGAGAUCGUCUUCGGAGACGCCAGUGGUGGCGUCAGUCUCCUGCACGUCCCUACGCUCAUCGUCACGCCUCUCGUCUCAAACUUCACCUUUCGUCGUCUGAACGUGGAGGAGUUUGACGUGUCUCCAGACAAGAGAUACAUCUUACUGAAGCAUGAUGUCUUUCAGAAUCGGCACCUGAGUCACCUGGCCAAGUACACAGUGCUUCAGAUGGACUCUGAGCAUGUGGAGUCAGUGACACCGUUCCCGUCUCAGGAGGGCCACCCUGAGCUACAACACGUGGCCUGGGUGCCAGGAGGUGCAGCUUCCCUUGUUAUGGUCUACGAGAACGACAUUUACAUCAAGGAAUCUCCCACGUCGCCCGUGGUGUCGCGUCUCACGACGACUGGCCAGCCCCAUGUUGUUUUUAACGGCGUUACAGAUUAUCUGUACCGAGAGUACAUCUUGCACUCCGUGUCUGCUGUGUGGGCAAGCAGUGACGGUACGCGACUAUGUUACGCCACUUUCAACGACUCCGGCGUACGAGAGGCCAGGAUCCCUAUCUACACUGACAAAUACGCCACCUAUAACCCCAUCAGAUACCCGAAGGUAGACACUGCCAACCCGACGGCGACGCUAUGGGUGGUGGAGCUGGACCACUCUUCCCCACCUUCUCCACAAGACCUCAAGCCUCCCACGAGAGUCAAAGACCAGUCAGUGGAUGUGUGGGACCACUACUUCACGGGCGUGGCGUGGGUGGAGGCUGACACCGUGGCUGUGGUGUGGAGAAACCGAGCUCAGAACGUUAGUGUUGUCACCGCCUGCACCGCCCCUAUGUGGUUCUGUGAUGAGCUUUUCGUAGAAGAGAGUGGGCCACAGCGGUGGGCCACGGUAGAGGAGACGCCACUCUUCGCCCUCAAUGGCACCGUCUUUGUGGGCAUCGCUCCUCUCCUGGACAGCACUUCGGGCACCUACCCUCACAUCCACCAGGGCAGCACUGAAGCCAGGCACACCAUACCUGUCACUUUUGGCUCAUACAGUGUGUUCUCUAUUGUUGGAUGGGAUACACAGAACCAUCACGUGUACUACGUGGCCAACACAGAGACGGAAAUAGGUGAGCGUCACCUAUGGCGGGUGACAGACGUGAAGGCACCUACGCCGCGUCUUCAGGAGUGUCUCACCUGUCACCUUAACUACAGCACCCCAGCCUGCAGGCACUUCACCCCUCACCUGGCACCUGAUAACUUUAAUGAGGUGGUGCUGGAGUGUGAGGGUCCUGGAGUGCCUCACACCAUCCUCUACUCCCUCCUGGAGGAGGAGGUCCUUCUGUACAUCGACAACAACACCGACCUACAGUGUCGUAGCGAUGCCAUGGCUUGGCCUACACGGAAACAUUACAGGGUUCAACUUGAAGGAGGCUUCGUGGCUCAGGUGCGUCUCAGUAUUCCCCCGGAGUUCACGGAGGAGGAGGCGUUCAUCUACCCGGUGGUGGUGAGCGUGGCAGGCGUUCCUGGGGACCAGAGAGUCAAUCACAAGUGGAACGUUGACUGGGGAACCUACCUAGCUUCUAACAAGUCGUGGGUAGCGAUGGAAGUGGACGUGCGAGGAGCUGGAGGCCAAGAGCUAGGACUCAUGUACAUGCCUGCCUGGAGGCUGGGGGAGCUGGAGGCCAACGACCACCUCGCUGUAGUGAGGUCGCUGCUGGAGAAAUUGGAGUUCCUGGACGUGGCCAGGGUGGCCGCCUACGGCUGGGGUCACAGCGGGUACAAUGCGGCCAGACUCUUGGCCCACGACAUUGACAGGAUGCUGGCCUGCGUGGCCGCUGUCAACCCCGUCACUGACUGGUCCUUGUACGCGUCGUACUACGCGGAGAAAUACAUGGGUACAGCGAGAGUGGUUCCAGGGGGCAAUUACAGAGGCUACGAAGAGAGCUCUUUGCUGUUAAGAGCUUCCAGCUUCAAGAACCGCACGGUGCUCUUGGUUCACGGUACAGCAGACUCCGAUGUCCACUUUGAUCACACUCUGAAGCUCUCCAAAGCUCUUACUAAGAAGGGAAUCAUUUUUAGACAACAGACGUACACAGACGAGGGCCACGACCUUGAGAGAGUUCUAUUGCAUCUAUACAGAACUCUCGAGGCGUAUUUGGAGAGGUGCUUCCCUCCCUACAACGAGGAAGAGAUGGGCUUACUAUUUGGCCAGGAUGCUCUCCCAUAGUUGCAGCAUCGUCGCAGCAGCAAGAGAAGCAGCAGCAACAGUAGCAGCAACAGAAGCAGCAACAGUUGUACGGGACGACAGCCGCACGAGAAGAGCUGGAACAUCUGGCAGAUUUUACUCCUGUGGUACCGUCGACUCACGCUACAGUUUGUAGGGUCUUCAUACAGGCUGCCGUUGUGUUGAUAUCUUCGUCAACCUGUAGAUGGUCUACCCUGAGGAGACCCAAUAGUCUCGCUGCAUAGAGGACGUCCUCGGUGAUAUCCGGGACUGCCUCGUCUCACCCAGAGAAAUUCUUGAGAGAAAUGCAUUUUCAACAGCUUGGUAUAUGCAGUGUGGUUGUAGAGAUAAAAUAGGCAGUCUUUCCUAUGUCAAAGAGAAAGAUAUAGACAGAGAAAGAGAAAUAGAGAUACUAUAACUAGAUGUGUUGAUAGGAGAGGUAGGAUGCACUAUGUUUACAAUCUCCUAUGCUAGUCAUCCUUCCCAUUAGAAGCGAGUCAAGAGGUGCUAGCCUCAGGGUCCAGCAGAAACGGGACUUUCGUAAUACGCCCGUCUCCGAGUUCGACGGCUGCAGAUCGCGGCCAUUUCACUGAAUCAGGCAGCUAGCACAGUCGCUGCGGCAGUCCUCCUGAGGUCACGCACUACGUCGGAAACUAACGAAUUUAAGACUGACGGAAAGAACUUAGACUUCUAAUAAGCUCCUUGCGAUGCGACGCGAUACAAAGAGAAAACUGUUUCUUUGAUACAGAGACACGCAAAGCAAAGAACCAGCCAUAGAGGGGUAGUAACAGUAAAUAUAUAUAUAUAUAUAUUAUAUAU